CAUUCGAGUCCAGCCGACCUAGACCUGCUCCUUACAACAGCAGGACAACUUCAGCACAAACUUGUGCUGUUAUAACGGACUCGUUCUUCUCCAGAUUCGGAUAUAGGAGUUACGCGCCUUUGGAAGCCAGGAACAUGGACGAUCUAGACGCAUUGCUUGCAGAUCUUGAGUCUUCUACCGCUCAUAUCUCCAAGUGCCCUGUGUUUCUGCCUGAAGAGACGCCAUAUUCCUACCCCACUGGGGGGAACAUUUUUCAGGAUGACUCCCUGCCUCCGCCUCUGCCCCCUCCACCCUCAGCUGAGGCCCUGAACGGAUCGCUCUCUCCCCGGCCUGACUCGCAGCACUCCUCGGAACAGUCUUUAGGCUCUGCCCAUAAAAGCACGUUGUCUCGGGACAGCAGUCCACCAGCCUCUAAUACUGAAGAAGACCACGUUUACAGUUUUCCUAACAAACAGAAGCACUCUGACUCAUCGGCGGCAGCCAUGACCUCUGCCCUGGGCAGCAACCUGUCUGAACUGGACCGCCUGCUUUUGGAACUCAAUGCAGUCCAGCAGAAUGCACCGUCUUAUUCCAGUACAGAGGAUGCAGCGCCUCCAUUACCGCCUUGCAGUGUUGCCCAUUAUAUCCAGGAGAAUGGAGCCCAUCCAGGCAUUAUGCUGACUCCUGCCACCCAGGACAUACCUCAGAGAAAUGGGACAGAGGACAGCCGCCCAACUGUGGAGAGUCUUCUAAAUGAGCUAGAGACCUCUGUGCCUUCCCCAAUGCCCAGUCCUUGUGCAUUGACCAGCAAUUUGAAGGACGGACUGGUGGACACACCUUCUGAGCAGCAGGGCAGAAUAUCAGCCACCUCAGCUACACGAGAACUGGAUGAACUCAUGGCUUGCCUAUCUGAUUUUAAGAUUAUGUCCCAGGGGAAGACUCCACACACACAGGUCAAUAAACUGGACAACAUGCUUGGCAGUCUGCAGUCUGACCUCCACAAGCUGGGAGUGCAGACAGUUGCCAAGGGAGUAUGUGGCGCUUGCUGCAAACCCAUAGUUGGCCAGGUGGUAACAGCCAUGGGACGUACAUGGCACCCAGAGCAUUUUGUGUGCACACAUUGUCAGGAGGAGAUCGGCUCAAGAAACUUCUUUGAGAGGGAAGGGCAGCCAUACUGCGAGAGAGAUUACCACCAUUUAUUUUCUCCGCGCUGCUACUACUGUAAUGGACCCAUACUGGAUAAAGUGGUAACAGCAUUAGAUCGGACGUGGCACCCUGAACACUUUUUCUGUGCCCAGUGUGGGGCGUUCUUUGGUCCUGAAGGGUUCCAUGAGAAGGAUGGGAAAGCGUACUGUCGUAAAGACUACUUUGAUAUCUUCGCUCCUAAAUGUGGCGGCUGUGCUCGCGCUAUCCUGGAGAACUACAUCUCUGCCCUGAGCUGCCUCUGGCAUCCAGAGUGUUUUGUGUGCAGGGAGUGUUUCACACCUUUCAUCAACGGCAGUUUCUUCGAGCAUGAUGGUCAGCCGUACUGUGAGGUUCAUUAUCACUCUCGCCGCGGCUCGCUGUGUUCCGGCUGUCAGAAGCCAAUCACUGGCCGUUGCAUCACAGCAAUGGGCAAGAAGUUCCACCCUGAGCAUUUCGUCUGUGCCUUCUGCCUGAAACAACUCAACAAGGGCACCUUCAAAGAGCAGAACGACAAACCCUACUGCCAGGGCUGCUUCAUCAAGCUCUUCAGCUAGAAAGAUGACUGACGUAUGUGUGUGUGUGUGUAUGUGUAUGUGUUUGUGCUGAGUAGUGCUUAAGGAAGCACUGAUUAUGAUUUUGUAGUAAGUGUGUAUGUCAUAUUGUUUCACUGUUGUGUGUUUGUGUUUGUGUGUGUGUUAGGUCUGUUUCACACAUCCUGUAUUCACUUUGCCACCAGUAAUAACAGGUUACAGCAGUUACAGAAGGUGCUGAGGUUAUUUUUGCUGCAUGUCACACCAUGAACACGAAGGAGAACAUGAACUCGACCUUGAGGGUGGACAAUAGGUUCUGUCUUGUCUAAUCGGCGGCGGUGGCUCCCCCGGGUCGUUUGGCCAUCCGACUUGGUGGGCACAAGAAAAAUCAAGGGGGGGCAGUGCCUUUCAGGUUCAAAUUUAUUUUUGACGUGUCUGACUCUUGACAUCCAGAAAUGACUUUGCUGGUCAGGUUAAUGGAUGAUGAAACGUGCUCUUGAAAGCCAGGAUGUUUGUAGAUGGUAUCAGAGGAAGGUUCAGGUGAGACUUUAGAGGUGUUUAUUUGGAGAAAGUGUGUGAAAAAUGUAUUGCGCUCACUGGCUGAGCCGGAAAGAAACCGUUGGAUGAAAAGAAAGGUUUAAGAUUGUGAAAAAGUGUGGAGGAUUUUUCAUUUUGAUGAUUGCAGAUGUAUGGGAUGCACAAUCAACAAGAUAAACACAAUGACUGUGAAAUCAACAACUGGAAAACGGUAAUUAGAGGGUGAAUUGCAAGAAAUGUCCAGAUCCUAUUUCACCUCAAAUGAACAACAUUUCUUAUGAUAAGAAACACAAUAAGAAAUUAUAUUUUGCAUAAAGACAAUGAAGCUUAAAUUAUCAUAAAUUAUAUGCAGUACAGCAAAUACUACUAUAAUGUAUAAAUACUUUAUAGUUUAAUUUGAAAAAUAUGUUUUUUUUUCAUAUUGGAGUAACAAGAGUGAGGGUUUUUUUGCAUUACAAUGUGAUAUUUGGGCAAGAGGGUGCUUUCUGAAUCAUGAAAAUAAUGAAAACAGUAAUGUCACAAUGCCAAAAAAAAAAACAAAAAAAAAAAAAUGCAAAACUGUCCAAACUUAUUAUUCAUUAUUUUCAUUUGUCGUUCAUUGUCAAAAUAUAAUUUGUGUUUUUUGUUUAUUAUUUUGAGGUGCAAUAUGAGCCAGCUUUCGCGAGAUUCAUCCUAGUAUGUAUUUUUUUCAAAAUUUUAUUUAAUCUCUAUAAAUCACUAUUUUAGUGCCUUGUUUUGUAUCGCAAAUGAUUUUAAAAGAGACAAAAUAUACCAAAAGUGUAGCUUUGCAUUAUUUUGAAAUUUCUCAUGAAUGUUAAAAGUUUGAAAAAUGGAAGCCUGUGUGGACCUCUGGGCAGUCUAUAUGCACCUAUGUGUUUUAAAGUCUAAUAUAUCUACAGUAACUUCUUAUAGCAGGUUUAGUUAUAACUGGCAUCUGAGACUCCGUAACUAUAAGUGUGUCCUACUGUUAUUCAUACUGGCGACUUUUGAGGCCGUCUACUUUUAAUUCAGGGGAGUUUAUGCAUCCUAAUAAGAUCUGAUCUAAAAAUAGUAUUUUAUUGAAGGAAUAUUCUGGGUUAAAUACAAUUUAUGGCCUAUUGCAGAAUCUGUGACUUGCUAUUGAUUACCACAGUCAUUUAGACCCGUUUUGUAAAAACAAAGGAAAAUGCGUGCACUUACAAUGGAAGUCUAUGGGGAAAGUGUACGGCACCAUGAAUUAACAUUUAAAAUGCAAAACUGUCGUGCUGUAUUGUAAGUGUAACCAUAAUGCUUGAACAUUACAUGUGUUAAUACUAGAUGAGGUGUGAUGGAAUCACUCACCAACUCUGUCUGUGCAAAGUUAGUCUAGUCUUUCAACUCAUGUCAUGACAAUGUAAUACCGGUUAAAGGUGCUGUAAGCGAUUUUAGCCAUUCUAGAAUUCCCGCAAGCUGAGCUGUUGGAUUAGCCACGCCCCCUCUUUCCAAAACCCUGCACUCCAAAGAUAUCAAAUGAGCUUUAUUGAGACAGAUAUCGAGCAGAAACGGUUGCAAAAACAACAGCAGCAGAAUAGCGCCCUCAACUGACAACUGUUAUGAACAACAUGGCAUAAAAAUGGCUUCAAUAAUUCGCUACAACUACAAUACUAUGAGAAUGAGCAAAAUGAUUGACAGGCAGAAAGCGUCAUUGACCGCGGACACAUUUUUGUUUGCUGUUUACAGAGUCUAGAGCCACCACAGAGACAGGUGAGAUGUUUCAGGACACUUAUUUCAUUAAUAUCUUUCACGGAGUGACAAUUUAUUGCAUACCUGUCUAUGAAAAAAAUCACUUACAGCACCUUAAAGUUUUGCAUUCUAUCCGUUUAAGGAUACCAGAAAGAGACGACAUAAUUAUCUGUAGAGAGUUUUAGUAUUUUAUUUGUAUUAUUAAUUAAUAUAAAAGCUUUUACAAAAAUACAAGCUUCACGUUUCUACUUUAAAGCCCUCCAUUACAAUUGCCCCAUAGUCUUCCAUUAAAUGUGCAUUACUCAAAAUGCAUUUUCCUUCAUUUUUGCAAACUGAGGGACGAGUCAACGCUGUUAUUUUUGGUGUGUGUGUGGUGUAAUCAAAAUCAUACCACAGCAUGUAUGCUGUAGAUCUUAAGAUCUGUUUAAACUGAAUUUCCUUAAGGAACCAGUGAAACCAGUGGCAAACAUUUUAUUAUUUAAAUGACUGUAUUUAAGUUUUAAACAAAGUUUCAAAUUCAAUUCUGCUCAUAAUAAGUUACUUUUUAACCACUGAAAAUUCAUAUUAUCUGCUUAAUGAAAAUCUGAUGUGAAAUUGUUUAUCUGAAUAGCUGUGACAAUACUGUGCAAUGUUCAACCCUUGAAUACAGUAUAUUAUUGCUUUUGAAAUGAGUAUCUGAUAUUGCCUUUCUCACUCUCAGAGACAAUUCAAGACCAUAUUAAAACUGCUGUAUUAUUAUGUUAUUAUACUAUACUCAUUUCUCUUUUAGUUGUGUCUGUUUUGCAUGGAAGUCUUAAGUGUCUUUCAAAGGACAAGUUUUGAAAACUUGCCAUGAUGUUGCAAAGUGGUGAAUUGUUCAAGACUUUCUCUUGUAACUGGAAUACAAUAAUUUUCACAUUUUUGAGAAUAUUAAAGAUCAAAAAUAUCUAUUGGAAUUACAUCGCUUUCUCGAUACCUGUCGACAAAGAUUACAAAUGUUUGAUCCAAUUUUAUGCACCAGCAAGUGUUUAUUAUGUGAAAGCUUUUAUUUGACCUAAUGUGCCAGAUAUCUUUAAGUCUUUAAUGCUACUUUGAUAGUAGACAAUACUUGUUUUUAAUUUGUUUUAAUAAAUUCACUUUGAAAAUACCUUAUAUGAUUACUCAGUUGUAAUGAUCUGUCCUGUUUUACGGUUUGUCUUGCUCCUAAUUGCUGAUGUGCCAAAAAAAAAAAAAAAAAAAAAAACUUGCAGUGGAAAUUAGGAUAUCUGUAUCCGUUCUAAUCACAUUUACACUGGUUGAAUGUUUUGAUUUUGUUGAUCUUGAGAUAUUUUUAUCUUAAAAAAAUGUACCUGAAUCCUUUUUGCCUGUUAUUUUAUGAAUAAACAUUUUAUGUCCCUUUAUAUAUUAUAUAAUUUACCCAAUGUGAACACGGCUAUGCAUAUUAUAUAUUUUAAAAAAUAAUUCUCCUGUAACACUGUUACAUUUUUGUCUGUGAGUCUUGGUUACUGUUUCAGUUCAUAUUAUAUACAAAUAAAUUUUGUGUUUAAAUGCA